GAUGGCCAAGCUGCAAAACUUCACUUGGGCAGUGGAAGACAUUUUCAAGGACACUUUCCUCAAUUAUAUGAACAGCUGGAGGAGAAACAUGACAGAAGCAGCGAAUAAACUGCAGGCUGAGGUGGCUGCUGAAAACUUUGACUACGUUAUCCUCUAUCUGAUGGUGAUGAUUGGGAUGUUCUCCUUCAUCAUCGUGGCCAUCCUGGUGAGCACGGUGAAAUCCAAGAGGAGGGAGCACUCCAACGAUCCCUAUCACCAGUACAUCGUGGAGGACUGGGGAGAGAAGUACAAAAACCAGGUUCUGAAUCCAGAAGAUCUCAAGUGUGUGAUCCAUGAAAACCUGGGGGCGAGGGAUAAAACAAACCCGGAAUCACCCUGA